AUGUCUUCGGCGGCGGGCGGUGGAUACGGAGCCGGCGGCGCCGACCACCAGCACCUGUUGCUGGGGCAGGCCGCGGGGCAGCUCUACCACGUGCCGCAGCACAGCCGCCGCGAGAAGCUGCGGUUCCCGCCCGACCCGGCCGACUCGUCCCCGCCCACUGCCUGGCCGGCGCCCCCACCCUUCUACUCCUACGCGUCCUCGUCGACGUCGUCCUACUCGCCGCAUAGCCCAACGCUGGCGCACGCGCAGCUAGUAGCGCACGCGCUACCUGCAGGCGCCGGGGCCCAGAUCCCAAGCCAGAACUUCGCGCUCUCGCUCUCUUCGACGUCCUCGAACCCUCCGCCCGCGCCGCGGAGGCAGCUCGCCGCGGGGCCGUACGGCCCGUUCACGGGCUACGCGGCCGUCCUCGGGCGGUCCCGGUUCCUGGGCCCCGCGCAGAAGCUGCUCGAGGAGAUCUGCGACGUGGGCGGACGGCCCCCGCACCUGGACCGGCGCUCCGACGAGGGUAUGCUCGACAUGGACGCCAUGGACGUGGCGGGGGACGUGGACCACGACAUGGACGGCGGUGACCGCGCUACCGCUGAGGCGGUCGCUGUCUGCGGCGCCGAGCAGCAGUGGAGGAAGACCAGGCUCAUCUCCCUCAUGGAAGACGUUUGCAGGCGAUACAAACAGUACUACCAGCAGCUGCAAUCUGUUGUCUCCUCGUUCGAGACCGUUGCGGGGCUGAGCAACGCGGCCCCCUUUGCUUCCAUGGCUCUUCGGACAAUGUCGAAGCAUUUCAAGUGUCUGAAGGGGAUGAUAAUGAGCCAGUUACGGAACACAAGCAAGGUCGUCGCCAAUGAUGGUAUUGGCAAGGACGAUAUGGCAAACUUUGCGCUUAUGGGUGGUGGAGCAGGCCUCCUGAGGGGAAACAAUGUGAACGUGUUCGGCCAGCCUCACAACAUUUGGAGGCCUCAAAGAGGGCUUCCUGAGCGUGCAGUGUCUGUUCUUCGCUCAUGGCUGUUCGAGCACUUCUUACAUCCGUAUCCAACUGAUAGUGACAAGCAGAUGCUGGCUAAACAGACAGGCUUAACAAGGAACCAGGUGUCAAAUUGGUUUAUUAAUGCAAGGGUGCGGCUCUGGAAGCCCAUGGUGGAAGAAAUCCACAACCUGGAGAUGCGGCAGCUGCAGAAGAACACGUCGUCGGUGGACAAGAAUCAACUCGGCAUGCAGCAGAUUCAACAAUUGUCGGACAGCAGUGGGAAGCCUUCUGACCCUUCAAACUCUCAGCGUGGGCAAAGCAGCGGCAUGACAAGAAACCUCAGCUCUCCGGCAUCAUGCCAUAUCCAAGACGAGCUCUCCCAGAUGCCCCACGACAUGCCAGGCCAGGUGAGCUUUGCUUACAAUGGGCUCCCCACGCACCACGGUCUUGCGCUGUCACAUCACCAGCAAGCUGAAGCGGUCAGCGCCGGCAUUGGUGUUGGUGGCGUGGCUGCCGCCGGCGGCGGCGUUUCCCUCACACUUGGCCUUCACCAGAACAACAGGACCUACAUUGCCGAGCCCCUUCCGGCCGCGCUCCCGCUCAACCUCCCGCACCGUUUUGGGCUGGAGGACGUGAGCGACCCCUACGUGAUGGGGUCAUUCGGCGGCCAGGACCGUCAUUUCACCAAGGGAAUAGGCGGCCACCAUUUGCUCCAUGACUUUGUUGGUUGA